AUGGCUAAUGAAAAGAAGCUGUUUCUGAAUCUCGUGGUUUUGCAGCAUAUGCAUCGAAACCGCCUUCCUGAUGUUGAAUUGCAAAGUUGUCCAACUAUUAGAAGCUGUUCAGAAUGGGGGGCACACCGACCUAGGUGUACGAAUCAUCUUUCCACCCCUGUAACUUAUGCAGUAAUUCACCAUACAGCAGGAAGCCCAUGCAGCACCAGAUCCUCAUGCAUUUCAGAGGUGAAAUCCAUCCCGAAUUAUCACAUGGAUCACAACGGCUGGUGUGACAUCGGGUACAGUUUCCUCACUGGCGGUGAUGGACAUAUCUAUGAGGGUGUUGGAUGGGACAGAAGAGGUGCCCACGCCAAAAACUACAAUCGUGUCAGUUAUGGCAUUAGCUUUAUUGGAAACUUCAUGAAAACUACACCAACAACCAGUGCCCAGAAUGCUGCCAAGAGUCUUAUUGCCUGUGCUUGGUCCAAGAAUAAACUGAAAUCAAAUUAUAUUCUGAAGGGCCACAGACAGCUGGGAUCAACAAUACAUUAUAUGGGGUCAUCAAAAAAUGGUCUCACUAUAAAUUGAAAAGUGACAGGACAUGAGUUUAUCUUUUAAUUGUUUUCUUUUUGCAUACAUAUUUUAUGAAUAUCUCUAAACUAUGCAUUUUACCUAGAAAGUACUAUUUCUUCAGUGCAGGGCAUGCUCACUAUUUAAUACUCUGCCUUUCCUGUAAUGGAAAUGUACAAUACAGUCUGUGGAAACACCAUGGAUCUAUUGUAAGCUAAUAUGCAUAUUAAUAAGAGGUAUUUUGCUGUGCAGUAUAACAGCUGUUAUAUGUUACUAAUCCAGAUCUAGAAAAUAUUCCAUGCUGCUGUUGCUUCAUUUUCUAAGGUUUCUGAAUACAA